AUGACGUUCGGAGCGCGUAGGCGGAUGCUUCCUGGAGGGUGGUAUAUUCCCUUAACAGGCACCAGGUUGACCCCUCUCUUUCCUUCUUCCGUCUCGUUGAUCCCGUUCACUUCAGAUAUGCCUAAGAACUCUGCCGUUAAAGAGAGCGAGGUGGAUGUUCUGAUUAUCGGUGCUGGUCCUGCGGGGGUGAUGGCUGCUCUGGCCCUGGCGAGAAAUGGGGUAAAUCUACGCAUUGUCGACCAAAGACCCAACAAAGUUCCUGCUGGCCAAGCAGAUGGUAUUCAACCUAGGACAAUAGAAGUACUGCAGAGCUACGGGUUAGCAGAACGUCUCUUGAAAGAAGGAAACCAGAUGCAUAUAGCGGCAUUCUAUAACCCAGGUCCUAAUGGCGACAUCGAAUUGACAGACCGUGUACCCGACGUUACAGCACCCACUGCCCGAUAUCCAUUCGAGAUAACAUUGCACCAGGGUGCGAUCGAGGCUAUUUUCAUGGACGCGAUGGCAGAAAUGGGUGUGAAAGUCGACAGACCUGUUGCUCCUACCUCAAUUCAGAUCUCGAAAGACGAAGCUAUCUUGAGCGACCCAAAGGCUCAUGCUGUAGAGGUAGUUCUGAUAAAUGACGAAGGAACAGAAGUAGUUCAUGCGAAAUUCGUCAUUGGUGCGGAUGGUGCCCAUUCUUGGGUUAGGAAGACGCUGGACAUUGCGAUGGAGGGAGAACAGACAGACUACAUCUGGGGUGUCGUCGAUCUAACGCCGGAUACCGACUUUCCUGAUAUCCGUAACAAGACUGUAGUGCAUUCCAACAACGGCUCCUGCAUGGUCAUUCCAAGAGAAGGCGACAAAGUGCGACUUUACAUCCAGCUGGAUGACAGACAAAACAACUUUGUUACCUCCGAUAAAAGAAUUGACAAGGACAAAGUGCGACCCCAACAGAUCCUCGAGGUGGCGAGGAAGUCUUUCAAUCCAUAUUCGAUAAAGAUGACAGACGAGUUCGAUUGGUGGACCAUUUAUAUUAUUGGGCAACGUGUCGCCUCUCAAUUUUCCGUCCAUGAACGCGUGUUUAUUGCUGGAGAUGCCUGCCACACGCAUUCUCCUAAAGCAGGUCAAGGAAUGAAUGCCAGCAUGAACGACAGCCACAACCUGGCGUGGAAACUUACGCACGUCCUUCGAGGCUGGGCGGAUAUCUCACUACUUAAGACAUACGAAUUUGAACGAAAAACAUACGCUCAAGAUCUUAUCAACUUCGACAAAAACUUCGCGAAGCUUUUCUCUGGAAAGCCGCGUACAGAGGAUUUUCAGGACGGCGUGUCUCAUGAAGAAUUUCUGAGAAUAUUCCAAACAUUUGGUGGAUUUACGAGCGGGAUUGGCAUCCGCUACGCCGAAUCCUUGAUUACCAACACAAGCCACCAAUCUCUCGCGGCGAAGCUUAUCAUAGGACAGCGACUUCUUCCUCAAAUCUUCUUGCGGGCUGCAGACUCGCGCCCGUUCCAUAUUCAAGACUUACUGCCCUCAGACGGCCGAUUCAAGCUUCUCAUUUUCACAGGCAACACUGCUGAUGCUACGUGCAGAAAGAAGAUUGUGGAUGUGGCAAAGGAACUGGAUUCAAUGUUGUCCAGAUUCACUACCGGGAAAAUAUCCCUGCUUUUCGACAUUCUCGCUAUUAGCUCGGCGACGAAGGCUGCCGUUCGUUAUAACGACCUCCCGAAAAUGUUCAGGUCACAUUGGUCCAAGUUCGUCUUUCCUCUGAACGUCAAUAUACAACCGCUCAUAAGCGAGUACAUAAGGGUACUAAUUGAUGACACCGACGUAAGAGGAGCCCAAGGAGGUGAUGGCUAUAGGAACUACGGUAUUGGCCCAGAUGGUGCUGCGGUGGUUAUCCGUCCCGACGGUUAUGUCUCGAUGGUAGCCCCUCUGGAUGCCAUCAACGAGCUCGACAUCUACUUCAGAGCCUUCAUCAAGACGCCAUAA